UUUAAAUAAUAAUAAUAAUAAUAUAAUAAUAAUAAAAAUAGAAACAGUGAAGAACAUGUGAUUCGUGAAGUGAAGCAUGAUUCUCAUUUGGUCCCAUGUGAUGUGCCUGCCUCAUCAACAACAAGAACAAUAGCCAUUUAAGUCAAGCCAAAACGUACACUCAAAGUCUUUGCUCUUUUAACACUAAUUUAUACCUUUUUUCCAUAAUCACAGAUCCAAAAAUCAAGAAACCAAAAAAAAAAAAAGUGAAGCUUGCCGGAGAAAUGUUUCAGGUACUAUCAUCAUCGUCGACGUUCAAAGGUCCGAUCUUUUGCCUACCCAAUUACGUUAUCUUUUCAACAAUAAUAAAAAAAAUAUUAAUUUCGUUUACUUUUGAAUGAAUGGCUUAGAGUCCUUAUUUGACUUUUUCUCUGGUUAGAAAGUUCUAUCCAAUUAGUUUUUGUAUUUGAAAGUUCGAGUCUUUGUUUCAUUUUCUAGUAGGGCCUACAAGGUUUGAUCUUUCUAGUUUUUGAUUUUGUUUGCCGCCAAAAUUAUCCGUUGCAGGUGUAAUCUGUUGUAAUUUUUUAAUUCUAGGGUUUUUGAUUGAGUUCUGCAUUUAUCCCCUUUUUCUUAUUUGUGAAGUUUUUGAUAAAAAACAAGAAUUGGGUUCUUCUUGUUUUUCUCACUUUUUCCAAUUUUCACAUCUUUGGUAUAUAUGUUUGAAAUAAAUUUGGUAAUUAGAGUCCGCUUUCUGUAGAAGAAAAGUACGUAUUUUUAUAUGGGGAAGGUUAACCGAGCAAGUAAACUUUUGAGGCGGUUACGGAAAACAGUCGUGUUUGAAGCUAUCUCUUUGGUCUUUGUUUGUAUAGAAAGAAAAUAUUUUUGCUUUCAUUCAUGUAAAUAACAGAGGAAAACACCUAUAUAUCUUUACAGAAAGUAAUCUCUUUUUUCUUCGUUACCGCCAUUGAACAAAAUAUAUUAAAGAUUUAUUUUCUGGGUUUAUUGGCAUUUUUGUUGUAGGUUUCGAUUUGCAUAGGUUUGGUUGAUUUUUGUGAAUUGCUAAUUGUGAUCAAGAGAGAUUUGGUUUGAUGGGUGGCAAGAGUUCAAAAGAAGAUAGUAGUUAUAGGACGAGGUCAUUAGGUUCAAGGGCUAGUUCUUCUUCUUGGAAUGAGUAUCCUGAAUCUACUUAUGAACAAGGGAUUCCAAACUAUGCAUCUCAACAAUACUAUGCACCUCAACACCAACCCCAACAAUCUUAUGCGCCGCCAGAAUCCUUUGUGCAACCGGAGUAUUAUGCUUCCCCGCCGCCGCCCCCACCUCAGGCCGCCCCUUCUGGUGUAAGGAGAUUGGACAGGAGGUAUUCAAGAAUUGCUGAUAACUACAAUUCUUUGGAUGAAGUGACUGCGGCUCUUGCCAAUGCUGGCCUCGAGUCUUCCAAUCUUAUUGUUGGUAUUGAUUUUACGAAGAGCAAUGAGUGGACAGGUGCGAAGUCGUUCAACAGAAAAAGCUUGCAUCACAUUGGAGAUACUUUGAAUCCCUAUGAACAAGCAAUAUCCAUUAUUGGGAAAACCUUGGCUGCAUUUGAUGAAGAUAACAUGAUUCCUUGUUUUGGGUUUGGAGAUGCAUCUACGCAUGAUCGGGAUGUGUUUAGCUUUUAUCCUGAUGAGAGGUUUUGCAACGGCUUUGAGGAAGUCUUGAGUCGAUACAGAGAAGUUGUUCCCCAUCUAAAACUUGCAGGCCCUACUUCAUUUGCACCAGUAGUUGAGAUGGCCAUGACCAUUGUAGAGCAGAGUGGUGGCCAAUACCAUGUUCUAGUGAUAAUCGCAGAUGGCCAGGUGACUAGAAGUGUUAAUACUGAGCACGGCCAGCUAAGUCCCCAGGAGCGGAAGACUGUUGAAGCCAUUGUUGAAGCUAGCAAAUUCCCUCUUUCAAUAAUUUUAGUCGGUGUUGGAGAUGGUCCAUGGGACAUGAUGAAGGAAUUCGAUGAUAAUAUCCCUGCUCGGGCCUUUGAUAAUUUUCAGUUUGUGAAUUUCACAGAAAUAAUGUCGAAGAAAGUUCCCCCAUUACGAAAAGAGACUGAAUUUGCUCUGUCAGCAUUAAUGGAAAUUCCUGCUCAGUAUAAAGCAACAAUGGAUCUCAACUUAUUGGGGAAUCUACAGGGUAGAUCACCCCAAAGGGUUCCUCUCCCUCCUCCUGUAUAUGGCGCGUCAUCUUUUCCUAGCUCUAAACCCUCUUAUGCUAGCUUCAGCAAGCCUACUGUGCCUAGCGUUCCAUCUUAUCCCGUAGAAAGCACCUCCUCCGUCAGCUCGGCUCCCCCUGCUCCCAGUACAACUUAUGAUAACCAGGUUUGCCCCAUCUGCUUAACUGAUCCAAAGGACAUGGCCUUCGGUUGUGGGCAUCAGACGUGUUGUGAAUGUGGAAAAGAUCUUGAGACAUGCCCAAUAUGUCGAAGCACGAUCAGUACAAGAAUAAAACUCUACUAAGCAGCUGCUGCUUCUGUCUGACCUGAGUCGAGCUUCUUUUCCUUGCCCAACUGGAUUGGUGUUUUAGUCUAUUUUCUAGUACCAACAUUCUUUUAAUUCUUUACUUAAAUUUUGUUCAGAAUGUUAUGUUAGUAUUAGGUAAGGUUGUCAUUGUACAAAGGUGUUUGCUCUGUGUUCAAUUGGUUUUUUCACACUACAAGUUUUUUAUUGUUGAUAUGAUAUGUGACUUGAUCAUGGAAAGAAGAAGAAGAAGGGUACAUACAAGCUAAUGCUAAAAUUCCAUUUAUGUUAAAACGAGUCUUGUUGAUAAUGUCACUUUUGAAUUACUACAAUUUAACAUCUUCUUUAUUCUAAGUAUGAAUGAAUGAACUCACAAGU